AUGGAAUCGUUGCCCCUCCAAGCCUUUUGGCUGACCGUCCUCAUCGGCGGUUUCCUGCCUUGCGUCUUGUGUGACACAAGUGAUUUGACUGCUGUUGAUCCAGAUUUCACAGUGAGUAUCCCGAAAGACGGACUUCCAGGGGAUCUCGAAGAAGUCUUCUUUCUUCAGCCGGCUGGCACUCUUCGCGUCAUCGACGAGACCGGCUCAGCUGUCUAUAUGCCCCAGAUGAGCACGGACUCUGAGGAUGGUGCUUCUGCGCGAAUUCGCACUGACUCUGGCGAUGCUUCGUCGGAAACGUACAGCGCCGCGUACGCGUUCGUGAAUGGAAAGUGUGACUUCACGAAGGAAAUCCAGUACAAGGACGCAUUUCCAGGGUACUCUCAGCCGAUUUGGGUUCGGACCGCCUCUGCUGAUGCCGCGGAGGCGAAAGCAUCAUCGGGGGGAGCGGUUGCGAACUUCACAUUGACGAACCCUCCUGAAGAGUAUUUGACUGAGGUGGUGAGUUUCUGCGUGAGAUUCAAGACGUUCUUGGCUGCUGGAUCUUCAACCACGACAACGACCCCUACGACAGGUGCGACUCAGACAUCAAAAGCGGAGUCCAGCGCUCCCAGUUUAGAGACUCCAAAGCCAACAGCGCCCCUGACACCAGCGCCACCGUCUGGCGAUUCAGAAGCUGCUGGGGAAGAGGGUCCGAGCUCCAAACCUGGUGGAGAGGGAAAUGAUGGAAAAACACAUAGGCCAACAACUGGACAGACGGGUCCGCAAUCCGCCCCAGUGCCUGGGGUUUCCUCACCUAUGGAUCCUGAGCAACGUACAGAAAAAGAUACCCCUCUCCGCGCAGAGAGCCACGCAGCAUCUCCCACAACCGGUCAUGUCGAUAACAAGGGAGGUUCGGAAGUAGCACACGACAAACCAGUCACCGGGGUCAUCGGAGAGAGUCUUGGCUCGGGAGAGGGUGGUGCAGGAGGGGAAAACGCACGGGCGAGGAGGCUUUCUGAAACAGGCAGCCCGAAAGAGGCAUACUUGACAAUCGUCGUACACUCCGCUGCCUGGGGAUUGGCAGGGGGAAUCGGAGCACUCUCAGCUUUUGUUCUCUGCAUUGCGUCUGCAGUGUUGACCACAUUCUAG